UCUCUUUAGUUCAAUUUAUGGCAAAUUUUUCCAUUCCCGAGGAAUGCAUAGAGCCAACAGAGAACAACCCCAACUGUGCUUUAGGGCCAGCCUGGGAAUCAGUGACAAAACAAGUAGCAAAGAUACCAGCCAAGCAACAAUUGAAAGCAGAAAUGUCUUCUCCAGUUCUUCAUCAUGGUUCAUCCUUCCAGGAACUCUUCACCAGAGCUAGAUCCAAAAGUGACACCAUGUCGUUUGUUCAAGUCAGAUUGCUCAGAGUUAGAGUUACUGGGUCAGUUGAUGGUUUGGACAAAACUUCGGUCGCAAACUGUGAUGCUCCAAACACAGGCAACCAAUCACCUCCUCUGAAGAGAAAAGGAAGGCUUUCAUCCAUAGGCAAAAUUUUCAAGCCAUGGAAAUGGAGAAAGAAGAAGGCUAGUGAAAAAUUUUGUGAGACCUCAGCAGUAUUAGAACGCAAGAUAUCCAUGAGACAGAGCCGUGAAGAGCUUAUAAGAAGAGGAGUUCUCAAGGAAAUUCCAGACCAUGAUUGUGAUGGUUCAUUAAAUAUGGGAAACUCAAAUGGUCAUACUGUGCCAAUCAGUGAGGAGACACCAAAUGAACAGAAACCCAUAACUGGAAAUGGAGCGAUAGCAUCAAAAGCAACUACGGUAGAAGAGAAGAAAGAUGAUAAGAAAGAAAGAGGUCGUGUGUGUCCAGAAUUGCCACCACCUCCUGCUCCACCAACUCCCAAACAAAAAAAAAAUAUUGUCCCUCACAAAAAUGUAGCCACUGCAGGCACCCAUAAGAAAGGUGAGGCAACUACAAAACAGACUGCAGGUGGCACUAGUAAGCAGCCACCAGCCACUCUUCCAAAGUUGACAAACCGAGCAGCCUCCCGCAGCAUUGAGAACACAGAGAAGACCAUUGGAGCACCCGAGACCAAACCAAAAAGAACAGCCACACCUUCAAAAAGUUCUGCUGCUGCUUCUGCUGGGCAAAGCCAUAAGAAAGAUGAGUCUGCCAACAAAAAAUCAGCCAAAAGCAUUUCUAAACAGCUGUCUGCUCCUACAUUAAAAACUACAAAUAGAGGUGCCACGCAGGAGAGUGCUGCUUCUUCUAACAAGAAACCUGCUGCAACUAAGACAGCUUCAUCCACGCUGGCAUCAUCCCGCUCCAGAACUUCCAGUAAAACAGGCACAUUGAGCACUCCACGCGCCAAAAAAUUGCCCAGCAAAACUUUAUCUGGAUCCGUAGAUGGCACGUGUCAACCAGUGUUAUCUCAUUCUACUAGCAGUUCAGGCCAAAAGAAAGUGGACAGGACAGAGCAAGUAAAACGUCAUUUGGACUCUGAGAACUCAGAGACAAGCCUCAAAGAUCAUUCUGUCACUGAACUGCAGCCCAGCCCCAAGUCCACUUCCCCUGUUAUAAACCAUCAAAUGAAACCAAAAUGUAACACAGCAGUUCCAACCCUGGAGGUGAACCAGUCCGAUCACACUGCUGGUGACCGUGAGGAUACACAGACCCAAGAAAAUGACAACAGUGUAACAGAUGAGGGGGCAACAUGUGUUACUGAAGAAAAUGUACCUAGUGAAAUACCUGUGGAAAGCCAAGAAGACCUAUCAAGUCUGAGAAGUCAAGAGACGACAGAUGAACCUUCAGAUAUUUCAGUAAAUCCUGACGGGGAAAGUGAAGGCAAAGAAAGCCAGACCAGUGACUCUGACUCAGAUGGGCCCAUCCUUUACACUGAUGAUGAUGACGAUGAUGAUGACAGUACAGAAAGUACCUUAGCAAGUAAAAUCCGUAGGAGAGAUACACUUGCCAUAAAACUUGGCAACAGACCAACUAAAAAGGAUUUAGAGGACAAGAACAUUCUACCACGUAGUUCUGAAGAAGAACGCCAAGAGCUCUGGCAGCAGAUUGGAACAAAAUUAGUAAGGAGAUUAAGUCAAAGGCCAACGAGUGAAGAACUGGAACAAAGGAACAUCUUAAAGCAAAAGAAUGAAGAAGAGGAACAGGAAGCAAGAAGAGAACUGAAGCGAAGACUGACUCGGAAGCUCAGCCUGAGGCCUUCAGUGGCUGAACUGCAGGCCAGACGUAUCUUGUGUUUCAACGAAUAUGUAGAGGUUACUGACUCUCUGGACUAUGACCGCCGCGCCGAUAAACCCUGGGCAAGGUUAACUCCUGCGGACAAGGCUGCUAUACGGAAAGAACUAAAUGAGUUUAAGAGUACAGAAAUGGAGGUCCAUGAAGAAAGUCGCCAGUUUACAAGAUUUCACCGUCCAUAGGAGGAGAAUGAAGAAUGUAUAAGAAUCCAGGCCACACUGGAGAAAUGUAUCUUCCUUGAGUGCUCUGAAUUUCCUCAGUUUGUGCCCAUUUUUGAAGUCUUAGUAUAUGAGAACCAGACGUGGCUACACUGAAAACGCACCAGUCUUUGCUUUUAUGCUCUCAUUUUUCCAGUUAAUAUUCCUCUUGGACUUUAAUUUGGUUUUCAAUAUGUGGCCAGACAAUCAAGUAUUAUAAAUUAUUUUAAAGGAAAAGAACAAUGCCUUAAACUCACACAGCAGCGAUGGGCUAUUUGACAAAUCGCCAUGUUGACUUGAGCUAUUCCUUUGUUGCCGUAUGAGAAUUGCCUACUUCCUGCAAACUUCCCAGCGCCAAAACUAAAGCUGCUUUACCCCAUGAUGGUUACUUAACAUGUAUGUCGAAUAAUAAGCCGUGGAUGACAACUACUGGCUGACAUUUUUCUCAGAGAAUAUUUUAAAACUCUGAUUCUCCUAUCGGAGGGAACAUUCAUCUAUGAAUCCAUCUUGGAUAGCUGUAUCAAUUAGUUUCUUGAUAAAACAGGUUUUCUUUGCAGGGUUGUGUCUUUACUAUUGAAACAGGAAAUGAAGGUUACAAGAGCCAACCCACAUUCCUUUGUGACUGCACUGAAGAAAUGGGAUUUUUUCCAACCCAGCAAGAUGUCUUGAAUAGCAGGUGAAGGAUAUGACACUAUGUCUAAACGUGAAAUUUGACUAAUACGACAAUCCAGCCACUGACGCUGAACACUAACUAGAUGGGUAGAUCAGAAGGCAGACACAUAUUUGCUGGA